AUGUCUUGCCAAGUGCAUGCGCGCUCCGGCGCAAUGCCUGACCGUAUAUGGGACGAAACCGUUGCGCUCGGCACGGCUCCCAUAUUCGACGAUGCUAUAUAUCUGGCCGAAGCCUUGGGUCUGCCUAUGAAUCAGAAUGAGGACCAUCUCGACGCCGAGGUGGCGCUGCUUGCUCGCGAAUCUGGUGUCCCCGAUUCUUAUCGUUUCGUACCCCCGCCAGAAACCAUCUCUCGCGCAAUCUCGACUAUGACGCUGGAUAGCGAUCAGAGAAGUUCCAGAUCAAUUCACUCUCAAGAAACGCAGUCAACAAGCUUCACGUCCGCGCCUUCCCGAACUUCCAGAGACCUCAUUUUCUCCACUGACGGCUCAACCACAAGAAGGGCACCUCCAGCACGCUCACAGAUUACGUCACCUGUUGAGAAGUCUCGAGACUUUGUUGACCGUCCCGAAUCUGAUUUCCAGUCAAGACAAUCAUCGACACUGUCCAUCACACCUUCCGCCAUCUCCAGCUCAGCCUCGUCACAGCAAGCGCAACCAAGGAAGAAACGGGGCUCCGUCAUUUUCUCCAUGUUCAGAAGGGAUUCAGGGACACAACAGAAGGAAGAGCUUGCACGUGUCUCGCUGUUCGAGUGCAGCCAAAGAAAAGCCUUGUCAGCGUACCAAUAUUGUUCAAUGCAACAAUUGGGAGAACAGCUUGAGAUUGAUAAGAACGAACGGAUCGGACAGCACAAUGAGGACCUGGAGCGAUUAGAAGAACGACAACUUCUCGCUGAACACGACCUGUUGAAAGCACAAGCUCAAGAGACACAGAACGUAGCGACAGCCCUAAAGUAUAUUGAGGCGUAUUGCCUACGUACGAGAAGCAACCAAGAGCGUGUGCAUGCUGUGUCGGAGGAAGACUUGAAGAAGCUGGACCACCAAAGAUUGAUCCAACAGGAUCUUCCCAGACGACACGCGAGUGCAAUCAACGUCUUACGAGCAAGGCAAGAGAUGGACACCGCACGAAGACUAGAAGCACAAGAAGCAGAGCUACAGCAAUUAGGCAUUGAGCACGAGAAAAGGAAGUUUGCAAAAGAAGCGGAAUAUCACAAGGAGCUGGCAAGGCUUGAAACCGUUAUCGAAUUAAGAAGAAAGAGGCUUCUACAAAGGUGGGAUCUCAGGUUUGAAAUAUGGCGACGUGACUGGGAAGCGCAGCACGACACGACUCUGACGGUAGAACUCGAACACGAAGACUGGCCACCUCGCAAAGCAGAUCACACGAUUUCCAUACCUGAAGCAAGUUUGCUAGCUCAGUACAUCAAGGCUGCGGCAUGA